CAAGCCUUUUGGAUUUCUCCCUUCCCUUUCACUUUUUAGAACCCGCCUCCCUUCAUUAUCAGCAGCCUUAUAAAUGCAGCCUGUUGAUGUUGUUUGGGAGUUCCACUGACACCACUCUACAUUAUCUCAGAUAAGACCACCAUACGUCCAGGCUACAGGCAAGAUGAGAGAGUUCAAGAGCAAGACAUUCUGGAGGGCUGUACUAGCCGAGCUUGUUGGGAUGACCAUGUUCAUAUUUCUCAGCAUCUCAGCUGCUAUUGGGAACUCAAACAACACCGCUCCUGACCAGGAGGUGAAGGUUUCUCUGACCUUUGGUCUGGCCAUCGCCACGCUGGCCCAGAGUUUGGGCCACAUCAGUGGAGCCCACCUGAACCCAGCUGUGACACUGGGCAUGCUGGCCAGCUGCCAGAUCAGCGUGUUCAAGGGGAUGAUGUACAUAGUGGCUCAGAUGCUGGGCUCUACUCUGGCCAGUGCUAUUGUCUAUGGAACCCGGCCAGAGGCAAAUACUGCACUGGGGGUCAAUGCUCUAAAUGGUGUCAGUGCCAGCCAAGGCGUUGGCAUCGAGCUCCUGGCUACCUUCCAGCUGGUCCUGUGUGUCAUAGCAGUAACUGAUAAAAGGCGGCGUGAUAUCACCGGCUCUGCCCCCCUGGCCAUCGGGCUCUCUGUCGCUCUGGGACACUUGGCAGCCAUCAGCUACACAGGCUGUGGUAUCAACCCGGCCCGAUCCUUUGGACCAGCUUUGAUCAUGAAUGAUUAUACAAAUCACUGGGUGUACUGGGUGGGGCCAAUGAGUGGAGGUGUGGCAGCUGCUCUGGUCUAUGACUUCCUCCUGUACCCCAAAUCUGAGGACUUCCCUGAACGUAUGAAGGUCCUUGUUAGUGGCCCGGUGGGAGACUAUAAUGUUAAUGGAGAGGAGACUGCAGCUGUGGAAAUGUCAUCAACAAAGUAGUGUUGUAAUAGCAACACCAUAUAGUGUAUAGGACUUUAGAUUGUCUACCUACAGUAUACUCCUGUAAAGCAUUGACAUUUCCUUUAGAGUGGCAGCAGUUGAAUUGUUAUUUCAAAAUAAUGAUAAAGAAUUUCAAAUAAGAGGAGCAUUUUUAUUAGUAUUAGGCCUGUUUCAUUGAAAAUCACACCACUGAACUGCCGAUUUAGUAGCCAAAUUGUCACUUGACUAUCACAGGAGGUUGGUGGCACCUUAAUUGGGGAGGACGGGCUCGUGGUAAUGGCUGGACCGAAAUGAGUGGAAUGGUAUCAAAUACAUCAAACUAAUGGUUUCCAUGUGUUUGAUACCAUUCCAUUUGCUCUUUUCCGGCCAUUAUUAUGAGUCGUCCUCCCCUCCGCAGCAGCCUCUACUGUUGAGUAUUCACUUCAAUUUCUAAACAUCUUUAACAAGAGUUGUUGGAACAUCUUGCUCUUUGUUCAAAUAUUUCCCAUAUCAGUAUUCUAUAUAGAGCUAUUUGUUUUUGUAUAUUUUCUAUGUACCUGUUUAUGGAAGAACUUUUUAUUUCUUGAUGUAUAUGUAUUUCUGUGUGCACUCUUGAAUUGUAUUUCACUUUUGUACGUAAAUAAAACACCAGAUGUUAACAGAU